CUGCCGACGAAAAUAGAGUAACUCGGGCCAACUCUGAUAGGCGUUCUCGCUGUUAGCCUCAGUUCUCAAACAAUGGCAGGGUCCUUGACUUCUUCAUAAGGCGGGGGCCCUGCAUCGCUCUGGUCAUUGCUUGAAGACUGCUGCAGUCAGCUUCAGUCAGCUUCAGGCACAGCUCAGAACUUAGCUGUCUGCUUGUCCUUGACUGGCUCAUUCUUGUCCCUCCUGUACUCUGUGUUGGUCUCUUCAACAUGUUCCUCCGCCCCCGCGCCGACUCGUACUCGCCAUCAUCAGACGAAGACCAUGGGCCCAGCGACAAAACAACCCAGAUCAUCAUCGGGGUCGUGGUCGGUGGUGUUGCCGCUAUUGCCAUCACCGCAGGAAUCAUCUUCUUCCUCAUCAAAAAGCGCAAAUGGGACCGCCUCAAGCAGUGCGAGGAACGCCUGAUCGACUACCAGCUCACAUCAAGCACGGGCUGUCCCUCGAAGCUGAAUUCCCGCUCCGUCACCCCAGAGGAUUACCAGGUUUAUUACCCAAUGGCCUCGCCGCCGCCGCCUACAUCUACCACGGCUGCAACAGCACCAGCGGCGUACCCAUAUAACCCACACGCACAAACACAAACACAAGCACAGACAGGAGGGCAACAAGACAGACCUGCCCUAGGAUAUCGGACGAGAGGGAUGUCUGCGCCAGCCUCAACGACUUUGUCGACAUUGGCUCCAGGCCAGUCCCAGCCCAGGGGUCAGGUUGUUGGCCCCGAAUCUCCACCCCCGGCAUAUCAAACCCUGCACGCCCGCUACGACCCCUCGCGCUACUCGCAGGUCAGCGCGCGGUUCUCGUCUUCGUUUGAGGGGGCUCAGUCUAGCACGGGUACGGUUGGGAAUCAGAAUCGAAAUACUCGAGGCUAUACGGUCUCUGGGAUGCUGCCGACCACGCCUGAGUCUUCGUCGUGGUUUCAGCAGCAGCAGCAGCAGCAGCAUCAAUAUCAGCCUGGGCCUGCUGUUGGGUCGGCACCAACUUGGACGUCAUCAUCGGGGAUAGCAACAACGACAGUGUCGUCCAAUUCAAAUAACACUUCUGUGAGAGGAUCAACGUCUGAGGAGCGAGGGCCUCGCCGUCCACGACCGGUUUUGUCUCGUCUGAUAACGAAUCUUUGAUGAGCUCGGCUAAAACCUUGCAAUAUGUUAGCCGUUUGGGAAGGCUAUUUGGAGGAAAGAUUAUUGUGUUUUAUUUAUUGUUUUUGGCUAGCGAUUUGGAGUUUGGAGCAUGGGACUGGAGACCGGUCGGUCGGUCUGGAUUUGGCGUUAUGGGUUUAAUAUAUCCUAUGGUUUCGGGGAUGCUAUGGACCUGCUUGUCUAAAGAGCCGUUAUGGCUACAGUCACGGUAUGAAGUUAAGGAUAAUGAUAAUGGAUUCCACAUAGAACAUUCAACGUCAUACCUACACACAAGCAUACGUCAAUAACCUAUAGAAUC